GUUGAAACAGCAGCAACUCAGAACCAGCAAAUAUAACAUUUAAUCUUGUAAAUUUAAUUGAAGUGGACAAAUAAAUGACCAACGCGGGUGAAACAGUGUCAAAGGGCACUAUAAACGAAAGUUUAGUUAAUAGCAGUGUAAUCUUCCGUCAAAAUCGAGCACUUGGCUUUGUUAGUAACAACGUUCCAGCUGUCAUUCGAUAUGUUAGACGACGUAAGGAUACAUUGAUUAUCACCUGCAUUGGGCGCGCCUUUCAAGUGUACACGGCCAACCAUUUUCGAUUGCUACACGUCGGUCCAAUUCAUCCAGAUGAGAUCACGGCUCUAGCUAUGGACCGCGUACACACUUACGCUGCCAGUAACCGUUGUAUUUAUGCUUGGCGCGCCGGUAAACAUCAACGACACGUGUUUCGCGGUCACACACGUAAUGUACAUUUAUUGCUACCAUUUGCUGCUCAUUUGAUAGCCGUGGAUGAGGCGAAUGUGCUGCGUGUAUGGGACAUAGCCAAAGAGGAAGUUUAUUUAGAAUUACAAUUCAAUGUUGAUGAAUUUUUGAUUACUGCGAUAACUCAUCCACCUGCUUAUCUAAACAAAAUAGUAUUGGGCUCACAGCAGGGUAUGCUAAAAAUUUGGAACAUAAAGGAAAAUCGUUUGCUAUACACUUUUGCUGGAUUUGGCAGCAAAGUGACUUGUAUACAACCCUCACCAGCAUUAGAUGUAGUAGCCGUUGGCCAUCAAGACGGCAGUAUUAUUUUGUUAAAUCUCAAGUUUGAUGAAGUGCUUAUGAAGUUUAAGCAGGAUUGGGGACAGGUAUCGCAAAUUACAUUCAGAACAGAUGGACCACCGAUAAUGGUGACUGCAUGUUCCAACGGGCAUGUGGCAUUUUGGGAUCUGGAAGAUCGUAAGAUUGCUGGUCAAAUGCAGGUACAUGAAGAUGCAGUUAGCACCGCAAUUUGUUUCCAUAAUGAACCUUUGCUGUUUACCACUUCGCCUGAUAAUUCAAUGAAAUUGUGGAUAUUCGAUAUGCCUGACAAUGGCGCACGUUUGUUACGCUCAAGGGAAGGGCACACUGGGCCGCCAUUGUGUAUACGCUAUCAUGGCAAUAGUGGCACUUCAAUACUGUCCGCGGGAGAAGACAGUGAUUUACGCGUUUUUAGUACCAUAUCUGAGUCAUUAAAUAAGAGUAUGGGCAAAGCUAGUUAUAAUAGAAAAAAAUCAAAAAAGCGAAACCGAUUCGAAAUGCACGCUUUACGUAUGCCCCCAAUUAUUGAGUUCACAAGCGAGACGACACGAGAACGUGAAUGGGAUAACAUAGCCGCCAUUCAUGCGGGCAUUAUACAAACUACAACCUGGUCCUUCUAUAAAAAUCGUAUGGGCGAACACCGGCUGGUGCCGAGUAAAUUCCAAAACAAGAACCGGAUUGACUACAAAACCAUUACAACAUGUGUGACGUUGACUCACUGCUGUAACUUUGUAAUCAUUGGUUAUUCUAGCGGAGAUGUAGAACGCUUUAACAUUCAAAGUGGCCUCCAUCGAGCAAGUUACGGCUCGCCAGCGCAUAAAACAGCUGUACGUGGUGUAGUGUCCGAUAUAUUAAAUCAGUUUGUUAUAACUGGAUGUGGUCAAGGGCUUCUUAAAUUCUGGCCAUUCAAAGAAAACGCUGAAAAAUAUAUCAAGUGUCUUAAAUUUCCGGAAGGCAUUUCUCUAAUGCGCAUACAUCGUGAAAGUGCAAUGCUUGCAGUUGCUUUAGUGAACUUCGUUGUACACAUUGUAGAUGUGGAUACACGUGUAAUAGUGCGUAAAUUUGAAGGUCAUAUUGCAAAACUGAAUGAUAUGGUAUUCAGUCCAGAUAGUCGCUGGCUUAUUUCCGCAAGCAUGGAUUCUACCAUCAAAGUAUGGGACAUACCAUCAUCAUACAUGAUUGAUCACUUCAAAGUAGACCGCCCAUGCGUGUCACUUACCAUGUCACCGAAUGGUGACUUUCUCGCAACUGCGCAUGUCAACUAUCUGGGAAUAUAUUUGUGGGCUAAUAAAAUGCUUUUCAACCAGAUAACAUUACGUUCCAUAAAUCCAUACAGUAAAGCUCCUUACGUUGGUUUGCCAAUAAGUGCCAGCGAUGAGAUGGAUGUUGCAGAUCUUAUGGAAAAUGCUAAGCUAAAGGAAUCUAACGAUGACGAAGACGAAGACCAGGAUAUGAGUGACAACGACAUGGGCCCAGAAAUUAACUUAACGUACGAGUCACCACCGCAACUUGGUAGUGAUUUAAUCACUCUUUCUGGUACCGCUGCAUCUCGUUGGCAAAAUCUGCUAGAUCUGGAAGUAAUAAAAAAACGCAAUAAACCAAAAGCUCCACCGAAAACACCAAAACAAGCCCCAUUUUUCCUGCCUACAAUAGCCGGUUUAGAUGUUAAAUUUGAUAUGAGCCAAGCGACUGAGACUAUGGAUGAGAAUAAUGGGUCUCGAGUGCUACAAGCCGGUGUGGGCGGGCUCAGCACGCUGACAGACUUCGGCAAAAUGCUUCACAGUGCAACAGACCUCAAAAACUAUACCCAGUGUGUAGAUCACCUUAAGAAACUAGGUCCAUCAAUGAUUGAUUUUGAAAUCAAGUCACUGCACCCGACUGGCGGUGGCUCUUCCCGCAUAAUGGUCUCAUUUUUACAUACAAUCGAACAUAUGUUCAAUACGAACACUAACUUCGAGUUAGCACAAGCGUAUUUAAGCGUGUUCCUACGUGUAUAUAGCAUCGAUUUAUUGGACUUCGAGGAAGUCAUUGAAGUUCUGGAACGAGUUUGUGAGUUGCAAGAGAAAAGUUGGAAGGUCGUUGAAGAUAAACUGUUAUUCGGUUUAGGGGUGGUGACAGCAUUAAGAAAUUUUGUGUAGAAAUUGAAUAAAAUGUAUUUAUAUAUUGAUAGACGCACGGAAGUGUAUCAACGGCGGCAAAUGUUUACAAUUUGAGUUGCAUAAAUUGGACAAUUGCGCCUAUGUCAUAAGAUACAGAAAUACAACGACUACAACAAAGUUGUACACCUUCCAGAAUAAUUUAACAUGUUUUUGGAGAAAUGCAGUUCUCCAAACUAUUUUAAGAAUGUACUCGUAGUGCUAAAAAUAAAAUUGUUUUUAAAUACCCUACUUUGGAGAUUAUAAA